AUGAAGUUAGGUAAUAAAUGGUCUUACAUUGAUAACUAUCCUCAUCACUACAAUGGUAGGAUAUGGUUGUUAUGGAAUGAUCAAGAAGUGAAAAUAAAAUUACUUAUAGCAGAGGAGCAAUUCAUUCAUGUAGAGGUUAUGAACUUGGAUAAUGAGACUCAGUACUGUGCCACUAUUGUAUAUGCAUUGAAUCAACUUGAUAGGAUAGGUGAUAACAUGAACAUGCCCUGGAUUGUGAUGGGUGACUAUAAUAAUGUUCUGACUUGCAAAGACAGGAUUGGUGGUAACCCUGUGGCCAUUAACGAGUACAAGGAUUUGAUGGAUAUGAUGAUGAAGAAUGGUCUGUAUGAAGCUCCUACCAAGGGAUCCUAUUACAUUUGGUCAAACAAGCAUUCAAAUGGGGCUAUCUACUCUAGAAUUGACAGACUUGUUGGAAAUAGCCUAUGGUUCCAAACUUAUCAGGAUGUUGUUGUGGAAGUUCUCCCUCCCCACAUCUCUGAUCAUUCCCCCAUUAGGGUGAGGCAUAUGGCAAUUCAGCAUAAGAGGCAACACAUAUUUAAGUUCUUAAAUUGUGUGACUAAGAGGGAUGGCUAUCAUGAGAUUGUUAGAAACUGUUGGAACCAAAUAAUUCAAGGCACUCAUAUGCAGCAACUUUGGUUUAAGAUGAAAAAGCUCCAAAAGGCACUUAAACCUCUCCAUAGAGAGUUCAGUGACAUCAGGAUUCAGAUUAUAAAAGCCAGAGAUGAUCUUGAAGAGGCUCAUAAAAUGCUGCAGAAUAAUCCCUUUGACUGUACCUCUAUAGAGUUGGUGAAAAGCAGAACUGAUAGAGUUUUAGAGCUCAAUCAGAUGAAGGAAUGCAUUCUAAAACAAAAAAGCUAA